UGUACAGGACUGGAUUCUUCAACUGAUGGGCAAUCCAUACAUUCCCAAAAUCUAAUGACUAGAAAAGCUGGUGGUAAAAAGGAUCCACAGAAGGAAAUGCAAGUAUGUCAAUAUGGAAACUCUCAUGAAAAAGAUUCUCAGGGUUCACAUGGAACAAGGAAUAUUCUAGGGAAAGAAAUCAGGGACGAAAUUUGAGGGGAAAUAAUAAUUUCGUUCAAACUCAAUAGAUAAAUUUUCGGUAUUUGUUCAAACUCAUUGUAUUUAUAUGUUUCUAUUAUAUUCCCUCUAUAUUAUAAAGAUUGCUACAAUUGGCUUUGGCACAUUAUUUAAGGAGGAAAGUGGUAGGGGUAAUGAAUAGUGUAGAAAAACUAGGAAAGAGGGUGUAAAAGUAUGAAAGAGAAAUAAAAAGUAAAAAAAGUAAGGGUAAUUGAGUAUUUUUAAAGGGAAAACUUACCAAAAGGGGAAUGUGUAACAAAUUUUAAAAUACACCCCAAAAAGAAGUGUAGAACUUUAAAAUACGGAGGGAGUAUUUUUUCCCGAUUAGAAUUGAUUAUUCUUUGUAUUUUCCUUGUUAAAAUAAAACAUAAAAAACCAUUUUCCUCACCCUGCCAUUUUCCAGGCUCCAAACAUAGCGUUAGUGUAGUAACUGUUACAUUGUGGUGACACUAGGUGAUAGUGGACAUGAGAGAGUUCAUGAGUAGUCUCCCUAAUGUACUCCACCAGAAAGGCAUGCACAUUAUACCGGUGACUUUGGAAGUUGGAGAUUAUAUACUUUCUCCGCUGAUGUGUGUAGAAAGAAAGAGUAUACAAGACCUUUAUGGCAGUUUUGCAUCUGGCCGCCUUUUCCACCAGGUGGAAAUGAUGUCACGGUAUUACCGCAUUCCUGUUCUGCUCAUCGAGUUUUCACAAGACAAGAGCUUUUCAUUUCAGUCUGCUAGUGAAAUUGGAGAUGAUGUGACGCCAAACAACAUUAUAUCGAAGCUAUCUUUGCUUAUUCUUCAUUUUCCACGGCUUCGCAUUGUCUGGUCCCGCAGUUUGCAUGCUACUGCCGAAAUAUUUACCUCUCUUAAAGCUAAUCAGGAUGAGCCAGAUGAGGUCAAGGCAAUUAGAGUUGGUGUUCCUUCAGAAGAUGGUCUUGUUGAAAAUGAUAUCAGAGCAGAGAACUACAACACGUCAGCGGUGGAAUUGUUGAGGCGUCUUCCCGGGGUGACAGAGUCCAACUACAGGGCCAUAAUGGAUGGGUGCAAGUGCUUGGCCGAUCUCUCUCUUCUUCCCAUGGACAGACUUGCUGAGCUCAUGGGCGGCUCGCGACCUGCCAAAACUUUGAGAGAUUUCAUCGAUGCCAAAUAUCCAACUCUGCUUUAGCCCACUCCCCUAUGGCCCUAUCUAUUCAUUUUGAAAAUUUCAUUUCAUCAUCAACAAACAUGUUUUCAUUUCAUUCUUUAUUUCAAUUGUAACAAUUUAUUUAUAUCUGUAUUAUUUAGAUGUAGAAUCGUAUAUUCUUUAUUCCCAUCAUUAUCCCUAUUUCUUGGGUUUGAGAAUAUGAUGAAGUAAAGCAAGAUGAGUCUCUAAAGUGUGUGAAGUAAUUUUCAUGAUAGGUUAUUU